AUGCAGCUCAACUCACUGAGCUCGCUUAUAGCUGUGCUUGCUCUUCUUCCGCCAGCACUUGCGACAGGACUCGCCAAGAUCCCAUCUCGUCCCAAUGUCGUACCAGGCCCUUACAACGCCGGCAGAUCCAUGCCACUCUCGCCUCCGCGUGAAGAAGGGCGGUACUGCCAUGUGAAACAAGGAUGUAGCACGAAGCGCGACGAUGCACCGCAUAUACUGCAAGCCCUGCAGGAAUGCAACGACGGUGGCACCGUGGUAUUCGACAAGUCAUACCAGAUUGGCUCACCGCUGGAUCUCAAUUUUCUCAAGCACAUCGACAUCAUCAUCACCGGCUCCAUCGCUUUCGACGACUCUGACGUGUACUAUUGGCAGAACAACAGCUUCAAGUACGAGUUCCAGAAUCAGAGCGUGUUUUGGAAGCUCGGUGGAGAGGAUGUCAAUAUAUAUGGCGAUCUAACUCUGGAGGAGGGUAAGAGUGUUAUUGAUGGGAAGGGUCAGGCAUAUUGGGAAGAGUUGCAGACUAAUAAGGCCUUGUAUCGGCCUAUGCUCUUUGCCUUCGACGGCAUGAAAGGGGCCACCAUGUCGAAUCUACGGAUGCGCAACCCGCCAAACUGGUUUAAUAUUAUUGCGAAUAGUUCCGACAUCAUCGUUAGCAACAUGGAUCUUCGCGCAGAGUCUCUCAACGGUGUGAAGAUUUCCAACUCGGAUGGCUGGGACACCUACCGUUCCGAUCGAGUAGUAAUACAAGAUUCUUUUAUUCGAAACACCGAUGACUGCGUGUCCUUCAAACCAAACAGCACCAACGUUGUCAUCCAAAACUUGGAGUGCAUCGGUUCUCAUGGUAUUAGCAUUGGUUCUAUCGGCCAAUACGUAAACCAAACCGACAUUGUCGAGAACUUGCACAUCUAUAAUAUCUCCAUGACUAACGCUAGUGACUUCGCGAGAAUAAAGGUGUGGCCCGGUACGCAGACUAACUUCCAGACUCAUCUCGUCGGCGGUGGGGGAUCCGGCUACGUUCGAAACGUCACGUAUGAUCUUCUUCACAGCAUUAAUAACGAUAGAGCCAUCACUAUCACGCAGUGUUAUGGACAGAGCAACAAGACAUUGUGUAAUGAGUUUCCGGCCAAUUUAACUAUCGAAGACGUGACCAUGAAGAAUAUAUACGGAACGACGUCCGCGAAGUUGGACCCGCAAGCAGGUUCGCUUGUAUGCAGCGCACCAGAUCGAUGUAGCAAUAUCAAAAUCGAAAAUAUCACGGUCACGGUUCCAAGUGGAGAGUCCCCUGUUUACGAAUGUAGGAAUAUGGACGACGGCUUGCUGCAACUGACUUGUGUUGCGGAGUCCGAAGAAGACAGGGAUACCGAGCAAGGUUAG